GCGGUGAAGACAGAGGCUGUCGCGGCGGCGAAGACUCGAACAGGCCUGUUGCUGGCGGUGGAGAGGGUCCCUCGGGCAGGGGAUGUGAGCUCGGAGCCCUUGGCAGAAGUCAAUGUGAUUUUAACGAAGCAAAACUGAAAUAUGGGUCCCUCUUCCUCAUUCAUUCAUUAUUGCUUUUUGAUGGCCAUGGCAUAAGGAAAUUUAUCCCAGGAAUACGACUUUGCAUUAGCACUGAACAAGAUUUGUGAUGAAAUGGAGCCUGGAACAAACUCUUUUCGAGUAGAAUUUCCUGAUUUUUCUAGCACCAUUCUGCAGAAACUGAACCAGCAGCGCCAGCAAGGACAAUUAUGUGACGUCUCUAUUGUUGUCCAAGGCCACAUUUUCCGGGCACACAAAGCUGUUCUUGCUGCUAGUUCACCCUACUUUUGUGACCAGGUGCUCCUGAAAAACAGUAGGAGAAUUGUUUUGCCUGAUGUGAUGAACCCAAGAGUGUUUGAGAACAUUCUCCUGUCUAGUUACACAGGACGUCUAGUAAUGCCUGCUCCAGAAAUUGUCAGUUACUUAACAGCAGCAAGCUUCCUCCAGAUGUGGCAUGUGGUAGACAAAUGCACUGAGGUUUUAGAGGGAAACCCUACAGUCCUUUGUCAGAAGCUAAAUCAUGGCAGUGACCACCAGUCUCCAAGCAGCAGUAGUUAUAAUGGCCUGGUAGAGAGCUUUGAGCUGGGAUCUGGGGGCCAUACUGAUUUCCCCAAAGCCCAAGAACUGAGGGAUGGCGAGAAUGAAGAGGAGAGCACCAAAGACGAGCUGUCAUCUCAGCUCACCGAGCACGAAUACCUGCCUAGUAAUUCGUCCACAGAGCAUGACCGGCUGAGCACUGAAAUGGCGAGCCAGGAUGGGGAGGAGGGAGCCAGCGACAGUGCUGAGUUCCACUACACCCGGCCCAUGUACAGUAAGCCCAGCAUCAUGGCUCACAAACGCUGGAUCCACGUGAAGCCCGAGCGCUUGGAACAGGCUUGUGAGGGCAUGGACGUGCAUGCUGCCUAUGACGAGCAUCAGGUCACUGAGUCCAUCAAUACCAUGCAGACAGAGCACUCAGUCCAGCCCUCAGGAGUGGAGGAGGACUUUCACAUUGGGGAAAAAAAAGUGGAAGCAGAGUUUGACGAACAAGCUGAUGAAAGCAAUUAUGAUGAGCAGGUGGAUUUCUAUGGCUCUUCCAUGGAGGAGUUUUCUGGAGAGAGGUCGGAUGGGAAUCUAAUUGGGCACAGACAGGAGGCUGCCCUCACAGCAAGCUACAGUGAGAAUAUCGAAAUGGUAACAGGAAUUAAAGAAGAAGCUUCCCACUUAGGAUUCUCAGCCACCGACAAGCUGUAUCCUUGUCAGUGUGGGAAGAGUUUCACUCACAAGAGUCAGAGAGAUCGGCACAUGAGUAUGCACCUCGGUCUUCGGCCUUAUGGCUGUGGUGUCUGUGGUAAGAAAUUCAAAAUGAAGCACCAUCUCGUGGGCCACAUGAAAAUUCACACAGGCAUAAAGCCAUAUGAGUGUAAUAUCUGUGCAAAGAGAUUUAUGUGGAGGGACAGUUUCCACAGGCAUGUGACUUCUUGUACCAAGUCCUAUGAAGCUGCAAAGGCUGAGCAGAAUACAACUGAGGCUAACUAAAAAUAGGAUCUGGCCCUUGAGUGGCAUGCACAAAAAUAAACUAUGGUAAUUAAUGCAAAUCUGGGCACAGAUGAUGUGUGCUACUUGCUAUUAUGAGAAGCUUAAGGAAAAAAGGAAGAUAUUUCUGAAAGACCAGCUCUAAGUAGGCCAAUUAAAAAAUCUAAUUCCUCAAAUUUUUGUGUUUCAGUCCUAGCCUGGAAUGGGUAAUGGGGGUGAGUUAACCCACUGCCCAGCUGGCAAGGUAAACCUUCAGGCCAUUUGUAAUUGAGGCAGGUGGACUUGGCAGUAGAAACACCUGCAUUUGGAACUGGACUUCAGCCCACCAGUUCCACCUCAGGUGGCAGCAGUUUUUGAUCACUUAUUAUUAAUUUUAUUUUGCUCUUCUUAUAGAUACUUAGGUAAUGUGGAUUUGUUUUGGUAGCUGCUUCACUGAAUGAAAUACUACUUAUGUAAAAGCUACAUAUAAUGUGAUUCCCUAGGUUGAGAAAUUAACAAAGCUCUGUUGUCUGGUUUUAUACUUUCUAAAGAGUAUUUUAACUAAAACUACAGAGAUACUAAGAGGGUGACUCUAAGUAUGAAACAACUUAUGGUACAAACUUCAAUUUCUGUAGAAUGCCACUGUCACAAUGUGUUUCAGACUCUUGAUAAGGCAGAGUUUUGUAUUUUAGUACUAACGUUGAGUCUGAACAGUUGUAUCUAAUUGUAAUUCUCUAGAGUGCCAGAGAUAGAUAUUUCUAAUUGGUUUGCUGUCCCAAAUCCUGUUUGUCUAAUUGUAGCAUCCACACAGUGGGAUAUACUCUAUGGCUAGUAGACUUCUAGCCCGCUGUGAUUCUGAUCAUGGUACCAUUGGCUGCUGCAGCCAUUGCUCUGUCUUAGAUUAUGGUGCUGCCCAAAGAGGCUGUCAGUGACCACAGUUAGUAGGAAGGAGCCAGAAGUCAUGGAUGAGACUUAUGUGUGAACUUCAGGAGUUCAUAGAGUGCUACAGUGACAUUCCAACUGUCAGAGUGAGAACUAUGGAGAAGCAGCAUUUUAUGAGUGGCAGGUUGUACUUCAGGGGGAAAAAAUUGCAAAGGAGAAGAAGAAGGAGUUUUGAAAGUACACUGGUGGGGCAGGGCAGGAAUACUCUUUUAGAGGGGUUCACUGAGCUAAUACUGCCAGUUCUUCAUGAGCGCUGGAAUUUGUUUUCAAAGAGAGAAAGGAGUCUUAAUUUUAGCAAAGUAGUUUACAGACUCAUGUUCCCAAAUUAUAGAUAAAGCUGCAUAAAUUUACAAGUCCACAUAACUGUACCUACCAAAACAAGAAAAGCAGCUGUUCUGAGACCUUUUCUGCCUAUCAGUCAGAUGUUUUAGGUUAAAAAGAAAGCAUAUAUGCAGAAUGCUUUUAACCGAGGUUAUUACAAGGGUAGGACAGGGUGCUACUAUUAUGUCAUCUUUUUCGUAAACUUACUGGUCUAUUCUCAGUAGAAACUUUUUUUCUUUAAAAUAAAAAUAAUUUUUCUUGUAUUUGGGGUGAAAUUUCGUUUUAAAAGAUUGGCUUUGCUCUAAUGUGAUAGACAUUGCUGGCACUGGCCUCUGAUCCUCAAGCUCCUAACGCCAAGGUGUUUACUUGUUGAACAUUGUCUGGAAAGGGGAAAGAAAAUACUUAUUUACCAGUUAACUCUUGUAAUCAAGAUUACAAAACAGGGAUCUAUUUACUAACACUGUAUCAUUCUUGAUAUAUAAAAAGCACUUUGUAUUUAAAACUUUAUUAUAUAUAUAUAUAUAUAUAUAUAGGUUUUUUUUUAACCUAGAAACUAGAAAUUACCUCUUGGUUGUUUGCCACAUUAAUAUCAUCUUCUCUUAGUGUUGCACCUUCACCAGUUAACAGUCCUUUCUCUGUGUUCCUGACAAAAGUGUAGAGGUGACUGUACAAUCAAGCUCAAUUGCUCCUCUUUUUCUCAUGUUAGAGGCCAGUGGAUUAUUGGUAUGAUCCUAGCCAUUGUGUGUGAGGAGAAAUUGUUUCAUUAUCCUUACUAAUUUUAGUACUAACACAGGAAGCCAUUUUGUUCUGCCCAGAGCUGAUUACCCUCUCCUAUGGUAUUAGCAAAGCAUUUUCUGCCUGUUUGAAGGUUUGAUGUGCUGUGUUCUAUUAAAGAUUAUAUUCAAAUGAGCAUUGGGUCAUUUGGAGAAAAGAGUCUGAGAGGGAAGGUAAAAGUAUUCUGGGAAAAUCAUGGUCCUUCAAUUAUGCUGAAAUUAGCACAGCCCCCUUGUCAUGAGACAUAACGAAGAGCUUUUGUUCACCCAGGAGUGGUGACCACCCCUUGGGUACUGGUGGCUUUGGAAGCAGUUAGGCUGGGACUUAGUUAAUGUGUCAUGAAGAGAGAAAUGUCUUUUAGUGAAAUCCUUAUAUAUACAUCAGCUACUAAAUGUAGAACUUAAAUUUAAGUUCCUCAUAUCUGCUGAUUGAAGUUUUUUGCAAUAGCUGGAGUUUUGGUAAAAAUCGGGGUUGCUCAUCAGGUAAGCCACACCUUGUGAAAUGGUUGGGUGUCUGUAAUGCUGGCCAUGUUCCGAGUCAGAAGGGGAUUGCCUUCAUUUGGAUAUUAAAAGUGAAUUUUUAUAAGUUCUGCUAUUAAGGGUUAGGAGAUCAUAUUGCAUUACUACCUUUUUUUCUCCCCACUCUGAGUUGGAGUGGUAGUCUCUCCCCUUAGCCUCAGUACAGCUUUAGAAAAUCUUUAUCCUUCCAAACAAGUUUGGAUAGUUGUAACAUUUUCCAAACGGUCUUUCAGGGAUUGGUCUCUUCAGUGACCUACAACCAAGGUAUUUGUCCCCUACUUUGAGUCUUAACUGUGGUUUUUCUCCAGUGGGAAAGGGCUUUGAGGCACCACCAGUGGUAUUUAAUAUUUGUAUUUAUACCAUGCCUUUAAUUUUAGAUAUACACAUUACAGGAAUCCACUGGUAAGUAGGCAUCACCAUCUAACUAAAGGAGGACUGGACACGGACUGUGAUGACUUGUCCUCCGCCUUUGUGGGCUGCCCUCUGGCGCUCUCGGGCCCCAGCCUGUUGGUUCUGAUUGCUGCAUCUCACCUUCCUCCAUCCCUUUUGGCCACUACUUUAAAAGAGUCUGUCCAAAGGGGUCCCCUCCAUUCUAGGGGGCGUUUGCUGAGCUAAACUGACCCUACACCGGCUUCUAGCUAUUUGGGAAGCCGCUUAGUUUCAGUGGCUCCUUCCUACACCCCCAAGCUGCUGCGGAAGUGAAGCUGAGGCACAGCAGAAGCGGCAGAGCAGUCUGUUCCUGGGGAAGGGGAUGUGCUACAGCCACCUGGGCAGGGGUGGAGAGGGCACCAUCACAACAAAUCCAGGUGUUUGCUUUCGUAAGGUCUCUGCUAACUUAGGAGUGCUGGAAACCAAGCAACAUAGUACCCCCAACCCCCUUCUGUGCCACUAAUUUUGUGAUUUAGGUUGCUUUCAUGAGUGACUAAUUUUGUUCAGUGAAACCAGGGUUUGUUUCAGUUUUUUUCUUUGCUACUUAUAUAUUUAAAGGUACAAGUUUCUUAUUUCAAAUCUCUACUGAUAGUGCCCUAUGGGAAGAUGCUGGAACACAUUUUGCAAAUGUGACCCUUUUAAAAAAAAUUUUUGCUUGAAGCCUGUGUCAUGUCAGUUGCUGCUGCCUUCUUUCUUUUUAUGAGGUUCCCAAUGUUUCUUCUAGAAAAUUAUUUAUGCAAGUCAGGUGACUCUUAGGCCACAAAACCAUUUGAUGAUAAACAGAUUAUCCUUAGGUGCAUUUCUUAUUGAUAUUUUGUGAAAUGUUAUGCCUGUGUUGCAAAAGUUGAAUAGUUUUGUCUUUAUGUAUUGCUGUCUUCAGUGUACAGCAUGGUUUUACUUAAUUGUUACUGUUUAAUAUUUUCUUCUUAUAGAAGAGACCAUGCCCUUUUGUAUGACAUGUUUUAAUAAAUGUUAUCUGUCAAAUUUGUAAAAGUUUUGUUUUUCACUCCAAAUGACCACGUCUUGUUUUCAUCCUGGCUUUUUCCCCCAGAGAAUAAAGUUAUA